CCGCCGUAUAGUCAAGAAGGCUAUGCUUAUCCUUAUGCUCCUCCACAGCCUUCACAAAGUCAUGCUAGUGAUAGGAAGAAAUUUGAUCGGAGGUAUUCUAAAAUAUCGGAUAAUUACGCGUCUUUAGAUCAGGUGUCGGAGGCUCUAGGGCGUGCAGGUCUUGAAUCUUCUAAUCUAAUCGUAGGUAUCGAUUUCACCAAGAGCAAUGAAUGGACAGGUUGGUUACAGUUUUCUCUUCUUCCUGUUUUGAGUGCAUGGCCAAUAGGAAGACAGGCUAAUCGGGUGAGUGCAGGUGCCAAGUCCUUCAAUAGGAAAAGCUUGCAUCACAUAAGCAAUACUCCCAAUCCUUACGAGCAAGCAAUAACUAUCAUAGGAAAAACCUUAGCCGCCUUUGACGAGGACAACAUCAUUCCUUGUUAUGGUUUUGGAGACGCAUCAACUCAUGAUCAAGACGUGUUUAGUUUCUAUCCAGAGGGUAGAUUCUGUAAUGGAUUUGAGCAAGUAUUGGCUCGGUAUCGAGAAAUUGUACCUCAGCUUAAGCUCGCAGGACCAACCUCUUUUGCCCCCAUCAUUGAAAUGGCGAUGACAGUGGUUGAGCAGAGUAGCGGCCAAUAUCAUGUGUUAGUGAUUAUAGCCGAUGGACAGGUUACAAGAAGUGUGGAUACUGAACAUGGGCACUUAAGUCCGCAGGAACAGAAGACUGUCGAUGCAAUUGUGAAAGCAAGUGCACUUCCAUUGUCAAUAGUCUUAGUCGGGGUCGGGGACGGACCAUGGGACAUGAUGCAGGAAUUUGAUGAUAACAUACCUGCUCGAGCUUUUGAUAACUUCCAAUUUGUGAACUUCACGGAGAUCAUGUCAAAGAACAAAGAGCCGUCUCGAAAAGAGACAGAGUUCGCACUCUCUGCUCUCAUGGAGAUUCCUCCACAGUAUAAAGCGACGAUAGAGCUUAACCUAUUAGGGCGAAGAAAUGGGACUAUCCCAGAGAGAAUCCCACUUCCCCCUCCGGUGCAGACCGGAUCAACGUACCCUUCCCGAAUUCCGAGCUUUGAACCGAGUGUACCUACUUAUCCGGCUGUGAGCAAGAAUAUGGCCGACGAUAACCAGCUAUGCCCGAUAUGUCUGAGCAAUCCCAAGAACAUGGCGUUUGGUUGCGGCCAUCAGACAUGUUGUGAAUGCGGACCAGAUCUUAAGGUGUGUCCCAUUUGUCGUGCACCCAUCCAGACCAGAAUCAAGCUCUACUAA